ACACAAUCCCUACUAUAUCUUCUCAUGUUUUUAUCAAAAUUUCAAAAUCAUGCUCGAAUAUUAUGGGUUGCAUACGAACCAACACUUGGGCUACCCACGUCAAACAGGCCCAUAUUUAUCCCCAUCGUUUUGCACAAAUUUUCACGAAAGCCCUUACUCCAGAGCAGACAACGUGAAACCUUUGGUUAUUUCUUGAGGAAGAAGACGACGAACAACUGAAGAAGAAAGAGGGAAGUGAGCCGAAUAGGCGGCAAAGACAUAAAAUUUCUUUGACUAUCUGCACGAACGGAGCGUGAGCGAUUCUGGUUGUAAUCAAAGAUGUCUUGGAGAUAUUAUAGCCGGACAACAAUCUUUUCCCCUGAGGGCCGUCUCUACCAAGUUGGGUACGCAAUGGAGGCCAUUGGGAAUGCGGGUACCGCAAUCGGUAUACUGUCGAAAGACGGGGUUGUCUUGGUUGGUGAGAAGAAAGUCACAUCCAAACUCCUCCAAUCCUCAACUUCCACUGAGAAAAUGUACAAGAUAGAUAACCAUGUCGCUUGUGCUGUGGCUGGCAUAAUGUCUGAUGCCAACAUUCUGAUAAACACCGCUCGGGUCCAAGCUCAACGCUACGCCUCGGUCCGUUAGUGCGGAAACAAAAUUUAGAUUACCUCACCAAGAUAUAGACCCACUGUUGAACAUAAUAAAAUACAAGAAAUAAAGACAUCGAGAAAUUUACGAGGUUCGGCAAAAAUCUGCCUACGUCUCUAGAGAGAUAUUGCUCUUCACUAUGAGAAUAAUAAUACAAGUUACACAUGAGUUAAAUCGACAUAACCCAAUCUCAAAUCCCUUGUACAUCCACUCACAAAGUUUUCCCAAAAGCCUCACUCUACCCCAAGAGUUCUUUCACUAUAAUACUUUUCACUCUAGCUCUCUUGAUUUUCUCUCAACCCAUGUUCAACCCUUCCUCCCAUGGGAGAGCCGGAUGCUCUCCCCCUUGGAUGCUUCUAUGAUGCUUACCUUCCCACUUUCCAAGCAUACUAAAUGCACAAAUAUUGCAUCUAGUUAUGGGCAUACGCUAGCAACCAUGCCAACAACCAAGACCAAAAAGUCUUAAGUUCACAUGACAUAAUCAUCACCUAGCCUACCUAGCGUGCACCAAAGUCUAUACCUAGCCUAUAGAGUACAACUUUUUCUCCAUUUGCCAUUUGAUGCAUAGAAGAGAAAACAUGCACAAUUGCAUGCAAGCAAACACAAAGUCACGGUUGCUGUCAUUUCCUUGUAGCAUUCACAUGGUCUUCAAUUGUUGUCAACACAUGACUUAAAAUUACUUACAAAUGUAUAAGCCAAAUACAACAGUUUGCAUAUCAGGAACCGAUGCCUGUGGAGCAGCUUGUUCAAACUCUUUGUGAUACCAAGCAGGGGUACACGCAGUUUGGUGGUCUCCGGCCAUUUGGUGUUUCGUUUUUGUUCGCUGGUUAGGACAAGAAUUAAGGUUUCCAGCUUUACAUGAGUGAUCCGAGCGGAAACUAUGCUGGCUGCAAAGCUGCUGUGAUUGGGUCUAACAACCAAGCUGCGCAGUCAAUGCUUAAGCAGGAUUACAAGCAUGAUAUGACUAGGGAAGAGGGAGUCGAGCUAGCGCUGAAGGUGCUCAGUAAAACCAUGGACAGCACAAGUCUCACCCCAGAGAAGCUUGAAUUGGCUGAUGUAUUUCUCUCACCUUCCGGAAAAGUGAAAUAUCAAGUUUGUCCGCCUGCAUGUUUGAGUAAGUUGUUGGGGAAGGUUGGGGUUAACCAGCCAGCUCCCGAGGAUUCGUAAGCUUUUUCUGCAUUUUGUCCUGACCUUUAUAAUCUUGGGGAAAGUUUAAAGUUUGUGCUGUUUGACACACGAUGUGAUUUGUUUUUUAAGUUUGUUUUAUCAUAUUACCACGUGUUUAAAUUGCCUGCA